AUGGGGCAACAGCAGUCGAAGGAUGAGAUGUUGUAUCAGCAAGUGAGUUAUGGAAAUGUUGAAGGCAUCAAAGCUCUCAGAAGAGAAGGUGCUGGUCUUGAGUGGAUUGAUAGCGAAGGAAAGACCCCACUAAUUGUAGCUUGCAUGAAUCCAGAACUGUAUAAUGUCGCAAACGCACUUAUAGAAUUGGGUGCCAAUGUCAAUGCUUAUCGUCCAGGUCGUCAUGCGGGAACUCCUCUGCAUCAUGCUGCUAAAAGAGGGCUCGAGCAGACUGUAAAGCUACUCGUUUCACAUGGAGCAAAUGCCCUGGUGAUGAAUGAUGAUUGCCAGACACCUCUCGAUGUCGCCAGAGCCAAAGGGUACACUAAUGUUGUGCGGGCAAUUGAGGCACAUUUAUGCUUAUUCUCUGGUUGGCUGAGAGAAUAUUAUGGGCCAGGCUUUCUGGAGCUUCUUGCUCCACAAUUGCUUUCAAGGAAAGUAUGGGUGGUUAUUGUUCCUUGUGGUUCUCUUAAUCUUCGAAGACCUUUCAAAUUGGAGCUUGCAAUAUAUGCUGGUGCCCAGGAUGCACAGCCACGUACAAUUGUUCCGCUGUGGAAGGCCAACCUAGAGGAACCGAAUUUUAACCAGCCUGAUCCAGCAGCUAUUAUAUCAGAUGUCUCCAGAAAUACACGGAUAAAACUUGCAGCUGUAUCUGAGAGUGAAAAACAGCAGUUGCAGUGGUUUUGUAAUGCAUGCAAAGGAAUUCCGCAGGCUGUUCAUCCAUUAUUUCCAAUUAACAACCAAUUCUCAAGUGCACCUGCAACUGCUCCUCCGUCCUCGGAGGACGAUGAACUUGCUAUGGCCAUCAAUGCUUCCCUUCAGUCGGUCUCCCAUGAAGUGCCGCCAUCUGUGAGCCAGAUUUCAGCCACCAACACAAACAAUGCAAAGAGCUAUACUGGCGAGCCCUCCACUCUAAGCCCGGAAAAUGGAGGCAAGCUUGAUGUUCUAGAAGCCGGCCCAUCCCAUAUGGGCAGGCCAGAGAAUCCCUCCCCUGUUUCCCUUCCGUCAGCUCCUGCUGUGAGCCCAGCCACGGAUGAUGGCCCAAUUCAGUAUCCCACGGUUGAUAUAACCACCGGUGGGGCCCACGAGAGGAGAGAAGAUGGUAGUGGUUCAUCGUGUACGAUAUGCCUGGACGCGCCUCUCGAGGGAGCCUGUGUUCCAUGCGGACACUUGGCGGGUUGCAUGUCUUGUUUGAGUGAGGUAAAGGCAAAAAAUUGGGGCUGCCCAGUGUGUCGCGCGAAGAUUGAUCAGGUCAUCAGGAUUUAUGCCGUUUAG